AUGAGAGUCAAGAGGCUGGGGAUGACGGUGCUGGCGGGGUGCAUUCUACUCUUUGGCGCCCUCAACGUGGUCCUGGUGCUCCAGGUCCACGUCUCGACGCUGGAGGCCGAUAUGAAGGAAGCAGCGGCGGACUGGCCGCUCAGCGCCCUCCACUCCCUCUACUUCACCUCGGCCCGCUCCCUCCUCCCCUUCGCCGAGUCCAACUCGUUUCUCAUCAGCCCCGGGGCCUCGACGAGCGAAGAGGAGCAGGCCCCGGGGCUGACCGAAGAUGAUGAGGAAGACGAUGCGGGUGAGGCACCGCAAGAACCGAUACAAGAACCGGUGCGCCUCGAGUGGCAGCUGCAGUCCGACCUGGAAGAGGAUGACCGCCAGGCGCUGCAAGUUGAGGGCGACUUGGAGGGAGAACCUGAAGGAGGAGAAGGAGAAGGAGAAGAAGGGGAGCUCGAUGCCGCGGACGAGCCCCGAGUAGUGCAGGAGGCUGCUGGUGGUGCAGUAGCAGCAGAAGAAGCGCUGGCCGCAGCUGUUAGCGCGCAGCAGGCCGUCAAGUUGAGAGAGAGGACGUUCAGCAGGCGCGUCAAUGAGCGAAAAAAGGCAGCCGUGGCCCCCGCGCUGGGCACAACAGGCAGCGGCACCAGCGGUGCAGGCAGAGGCAAGGGCCGCGGGGGCGCCGCCCCACCACCCCCGCCGCCGGCACCGGUCGCAGUGCGCAAGGGCCAGAUGCAGAACAAGAAGAAGAGGCCUAGGCCAUGA